CUUUCUUUGAGCUCCCCUGAUUCUCUCUUUCCUUCCCCUUCCCUUCCCACACGCUCAAAUAACGAGCCAAUUUUCAUUUUCUUCUGAAUUCGUCCCCGCGAGCGAGUCUUUGCAAUGAGAUUAGGGUUUUCUUGGAACGAUCAGAGGCGGUGAUGCUUCGUGGACCUUUUGAUUUUUUACCUAUUAGGAGUGAGAUUGGUUGAUUGAAUACCUAGGGUUUCGGUUUUGAAAUAUGUCCGGGAAGUCGAGGGACCGAAUCACCAUUACUCUUGGCCGCAGUGGCCAGGUAGUAAAGAGGGGUGGUCAAGUAUCGGAUGUUUCGUAUGCUGAUUCUCUGCCUGCAGCUGGGACUAAGCGGUCGGUCAGAGAUAGAAUAGGAAGUAAUGUGCAUAGUUCCUUAUCAAAUGGAAGCGAACUCUACAACAAACGACAACGGGGAGAUAUUAGUAUGCCAAGUUUGGGUGCUAAUGGUUCAAAUGAUGUACGCAUUGGUAGAGAUGACCUCCGAUUUAAACUCAUGAAAAAGAAUGCAUCUAGAAGAGUUCACGAUGAUGAUGAUCAGAAGCGUGUUGACCUACGUGAGAAGUUGUCAAAGAACAUUCGGCCCCGCUUAACUUUUGAUUCAAGGCAGCGCUUUGUGGAACCUAAAGACACAGGCUUCUUGGGGCGAAUUGCUUCUACAAGAAGUCCAGAUGAUUUGCCUCGGAUGGAUUCAAUGAGAGCUUCUUAUUCUACAUGGACUUUGGAUGAUUUGAGACGAAGAUCACCAGAUAGAGCUCUAGGUAUAGGUACCUCUAGGGGUCUCUCCCCACCUAGGAAUGUGGAAGAACUGCAUGGAAGGCCAUUGAAAAGGACAACUGACAACAUAAGGGCAGUUCAAUAUAUGAGGAAAGAUGUUUUUGAUACUUCACGACCCAUGAGUACUACCCCUUUCAUGGCAAAACCUGCUAUACCUCCUGUACCUGCGAAGCCUGUGCCGCCUCCUCUUGGACAACUUCCUCCACCGAAUGGCAUUGGACAAAGUAUUUCAUAUGCGGGUGAUGAACAGCAAACUAUUGAUGGCUUGUUACAGUCUCUGGGUUUGGGAAAAUAUGCAAUUAUUUUCAAAGCCGAGGAAGUGGAUAUCACUGCAUUGAAGCAGAUGGGGGAAAAUGACCUCAAAGAACUUGGAAUACCUAUGGGGCCAAGAAAAAAGAUUCUUCUUGCUCUUUUGCCUCGAUCCAAACGACAACCAUGACAAUUUCAAUUUUGAAGCAAAGUUAAUUGUAGUCCUCUGUUCGUUUUUGUGACGGGGAGCAACUAUCAGGAUUAUUUUACAUGACAUGAAUGGUGCGUGCAACUCAAAUUCGGUUUGAAAGUGGCCCAUGAAUCAAUUCACUUUUUUCCCAUUUGGAGAAUGAAACAGGUAUGAAAAUUUAGAUCUUGGAAAGGAAAUUUGAGAUGUAAUCUCACCCUCCCCCAAACAAACAAACAAAAAAAAAAAGACCCACCUGCCUCUAACCCCGGGUAACAAGUCUCGAUUGCUUUCAUAUGUCACCCAGAAAUCAUUGAGUAGAAGACUGGUGAAGCCAUGCAUUGACCGGUAAGGUGUAGAAACAAGUGUCAUCCACUUGGUUGAUUAAACAUUCAUCUGGUUGGGAUGUGAUAGUUGCAAAUCCGCGUGAUUGUAAGGCUGAUCAAGUAUUAAUUCAUCUUGAUUAAUAUGUUGGUAGAGUAUUAUAUGAUUUUCGAGCUCAGGGCAUUACUCUUAUCCCCAGAUGUUUUGGAGGGGAAACUUGAUGUGUAGCAAGCAGAUGGCAUUGGAGGAACUCAGGCAAUCGAUUAGAAACCUUACAAGUUAGUGGACCCGGUGGCUGACUCGAAAAUGAACUAAAUUAGAUACUAAAUUUACAAUGGCAACUACCAAUUCGGUACACGUCUUAUUAUGGAAGUUGUAGUUAUUAUUGUGCUUAAGGAACACGUUUUAUAUAAUCAAGUAGUGGGAACGCCCCUUGAAAUCGUUA